GAACUUCCUGGCCCGCCUAUUGUGGGAAAGCGGGCUUUGCAUUUCUGCUCUGCCCCCGUCGCCCCUCCCUCCGUUUGGAAGACUACCCUGGAGUUCAGAGGAGCGCUGGAUGGAAAAGGGAGGAGGCCCGCGAAGAGAUCCAGAUCAGAGGCGGAGCGCUUGUUGUCCAUUGCAGGGAUAAGUCCCUCUUCCUUAACCCAUGUUCCUAAAUUCUGCCUAUAACCCAUCUAUAGACUCUGAUUUGAAGAAAAAUACUGACUGGUUCUUCUAAAACAACCAAGUGCUUCAAGACAGGCUGCCCUUUGGCCCACAAGGGGAAAUGGCAGCAGAAUGGGGCAACAUAUCAACCCACGGUGUAAAGUUAAAAGCUGCCCCCGGGGCUGGAAUUAAGGUGGAGGAGCUGGACCCAGUAGGCCCAGAAACAGAACAGGGCAUGGGAAAAGCCGUUCUGCCAGUCCAGGAAGGGAGGACUAGAGGAUUCUGGGAAAGAACCACUUCACAGCAGGAAGCCAAUGAAGAGCUCCAGCGGAGCUGGGAAGCGCGACUUCAGGGCUUUGUGAAGGCUCUGGAGUCUCCUUGUUUAGAUGAGGACUGUUCUCAACUGCCACAGCUCAUGCCAUGGGAGAAUCAUGAGGCUUUCCGGUCACUUUUGGGGGGCACAGCUCACCUCAAGCAGCACUCUGGAGGAGGAAGGGCAACCAAAGUCCCACCAGGCCUCUGCCGGGAGGAAUUGUCCAAAACCCUGUUGGCUGAGGAUGGGGCAGGCAGCCAGAAAGUGAAGGAAGAGGCUCCAGAUGAGGAGAUGGUGGCCAAGGAUAUUCAGCGCCAACGCUUCAGGCAUUUCUCCUGCCAGGAAGCAGAGGGGCCGCGAGACAUUUGUAGGAGGCUCCGGGAACUUUGCCACCAGUGGCUGAAGCCCGAAAGGCGGACCAAAGAGGAGAUUGUGGAGUUGGUGGUCCUGGAGCAGUUCCUGGCCCUCCUUCCAAAAGAAAUCCAGAGCAGGAUCAGGGCCUGGGACCCAGAGACCUGCUCCCAGGCGGUGGCCUUGGCAGAAGCUUUCCUGCUGAGACAGCGACAGGAUGAGGGAGGAGAGGAGAAGGUGCUGAGGCCGUUCAAGGAGGAGUCGGAUUGCCUUCCUGAGGCAGAGCUGGCACCAUUGGACGCGUGCCAUACACCCGCCUCUAGGGGAAUGAAGCGAGAGGAGGACUUGGAUGCUACCAUGCUGGAAAAUAAUUCAAGGAAAGAGAAAAACCACCCAGAAGUCUCUGGGGAUGUGCAGCCAUAUUGGAUGUUGUCAGAAAGCCAUGACCAGUGCACUUCCCACCAUUCUGAUUGGUGGGAUGUCUCUCAGAGCUUCAUGGGAAAUAGACAACAGAAUGAAAGUAAAAGAUCAAUUCAUUGUUCUCAAGGCCACUGCAAGCACCUUGAUGAAACAGCUAUCCAGAAAAAAAUCCUCAAAUGUGAGAGAAAAAUGGCAUGUACUGAAUGUGGGCAAUUUUGGAAAAGCGGGGCUGAACACAGUGCAGAUCGAAGAAUCCACUUGGGAGAGAAACCCUACGAAUGCUCGGACUGUGGGAAGAGGUUUAGCCGGAAAGCUGACCUUGUCAGUCAUCAGAGGAUACACACAGGGGAAAAACCAUACAAAUGCCAAGACUGUGGGAACAGCUUCAGCGACUGUUCGAGUCUCAGUAGACACCGGAGGACCCACAGUGAUGAGAGACCGUAUAUAUGCUCAGUUUGUGAGAAGAGCUUUGCUCAAAGAGCAAAUCUUAUUAAACAUCAGAGAACCCACACAGGGGAGAGGCCUUAUGCCUGCUCAGAGUGCGGGAAGAGCUUCAGUCAGCAAUCAAACCUGAUUUUACACAGAAGAACCCACACUGGAGAGAGGCCACAUAAAUGCCUAGAGUGUGGGAAAGGUUUCAGCCGAACAUCACACCUUCGUGUCCAUGAGAGAGCCCAUACCGGAGAGAAGCCGUUCCAGUGUUCAGUUUGUGGGAAAGGUUUUAGCCGGAGGCCUAAGCUUGUCACGCACCAGAGGAUCCAUACAGGAGAGAAACCAUACGAAUGCUCUGACUGUGGGAAAGGCUUCACAGGAGCAUCAAGCCUUAAUAGGCACAAACGGAUUCAUGCUGGACAGAAAUCACAAGCUCCUCCGCGGCAAGUGAUUUUUAAUGGGAGUCAUGUUUUGAACUGAGCAAGGGUUGGAGGACCAGCAGUAUUCUGUAGGCCCAAUGACUUGCUCCUAUGCAGAAAACCACUCUGAUGUCGUGGUUUGAGUGGCCAUCUGAGACUGUGGAGAUCCAGGAUCAAAUCCCCAUUCACCCUUGAACCCUGCUAGAUGAUCUUGGGCUACUCAGUCUCUAAGAAUAUAAGAAGACUGUUAACAGAAGGGGUCUCUCGCUAACUUUUGGCCAAAGAACGUAAGACAAGCUCCUGCUGGAUCAGGCCAAAGGCCCAUCUAAUCCAGCAUCCUGUUCUCACAGUGGACAACCAGAUGUCCCAGUGGAAAGCCUGCAAGCAGGACCUGAGUGCAAGAGCACUUUCCUCACUUGUAAUUCCUAGCAACUGUUGUUCAGAGGCUUCCAACAAUGGAGGUACUACACAUAGCCAUCAUGACUAGCAGCCAUUGGUAGACAUAGCCUCCAAGGAUGUGUCUAACCCACUUUUACAUCAGUGGGAGCAAAUUCCGUACUUUAACUAUGCUCUGGGCGAAGAAGUACUUUCUUUUGUCUGUCCCACAUCUCCCUAAGAUCAGGUAUUAUGAGAGAGGGAGAAUAACGUCUUCCUGUCCGUUGUUACCACACAUGUCCCCACUUACUUGCCUGUUUUCUAAAUUUAAAAGCCUUUUCUCAUAGGGAGUCGCUCCAGCCCCUUGGUCAUUUUGGUUGCCCUUUUCUGAACCUUUUCUGGUGCUACAAUAUAUUUUUUGAGGCAAGGUGACCAGAACUAUGCAUAGUAUUCCUAGCGAGGUUGCACCCUUGAUUUGAAUAACAGCAUUAAGAUAUUGGUGGUUUUAUUUUCAGUCUUUUUCCUAAUAUCCCUAACACGAAAUUGACCUUUUUUCUUAGGGGCUUCACACUGAGUCGACAAUUUCAUGGAGCUCUCCACCAUGGCCCUGAAAGCUCUCUAUCCUGGUCAGUCACCACCGCUACAGACCCCGUCAGUAUAUAUGUGAAGUCAGGAAUGUUUGCCCCAAUGCGCACCACUUUAUGCUUACACUGAAUCGCAUUUGCCAUUUUAACACCCGUUCCAUCCAGUUUGGAGACAUCCUUUGGGAGGUCUUUGCAAUCCCUUUUUGUUUUAACCACCCUGAAGAAUUUGUCAUCAGCAAACUUGGCUGUUCACCCUUAACUCCAGGUUAUUUAUGAACAAAUUAAAAAGCACUGGUCCUAAUACGGAUCCUUGGGGGACUCCACUUCUUUCAUCCCUCCAUUGUGAGAACUCUCCAUUUAUUCCUACUCUGCUUCCUGUUCCUUAACCAGUUACUGAUCCAUAAGAGGACCUGUCUUCAUAGCAACAUAGGAAGCUUCCUAACUCAGUACUGCCUACACUGACUAGCAACAGCCUUCCAGGGUUUGAUGCAGGGGAAAUUCCCAGCUCUACCUGGAGAUGACAUUGGAGAUUGAACCCGGGACCUUCUGUAUGCAAGGCAGAUGCUCUACCACUGAGCUACCGCCCUUCCCCUGACUACUAAGCUUAAGGGUGUCUCUGAUAAGGGACUCUCUAGAAAGCCAUUUGAAAGUACACAAUGUGAAUUGUGUAAUUUGAAAGUACACAAAGGAUCAUCCCUAUCCCUAUCCUUCUGCUUAUUGACAAAGACAAGACUUGCGGAAGCCAUGCUGGUUCUACUUUAGCAAGACUUGUUCUUCUAUACCAGGUGUGAGGAACCUUUGGCCCUCCAGUGUUACUGAACUACAACUGCCAUCAUCCCUGGCCAUUGGCCAUGCUAACUGGGGCUAAUAGGAAUUGUAGUUCAGCAACAUCUGGAGGGCCAAAGGUUCCAACACCUGUUCUAUGUGCUUGGUAAUUUUAUCUUCAAUAAUGCUUUCCACCAUUUUCCCAGAACAAAUGUUAAGCUAACAGACCAGUAAUUUUCUAGAUACUCCUUGGAUUCCUGUUUUAAAAUUGGUGUUACAUUGGCCGCUUUCCAGUCUUCAGUAACAGAGGCUGAUCUUAGGGACAAGUUAUGUAUUUCUUUUAGAAGAUCAGCAGAUUCAUAUUUGAGUUCUUUAAGGAUUCUCAGAUGGAUGCCACCUGGACCUGACAAUUUGUCUGUUUUAUUUUGUAUAUAAGGUCUAAAUUUAAAUAACAGCAACAUCUGAAGGGCCGUUCAUUCCCCAUCCUGGAUUAAAGUGCCCGUAUCUAUCUUUCGGAAAGUUGUUAUGUCUGUUCACUGUGCAUUGGACAUCUCUUAAGAUAUUGUAACCAAAUUUUGCAUGAUGGUUCCUGAGAGCAAUAAGCAGGUUUUCGCCCAUGUCUUUUUGGACACCAUUGGACGCCAUUUCGAAUCAAGAUGUCAGACUCAGCCUUUCAAAACGGUGCUGAUUUUAACCACUGAUUUCAAAACGGAACUGAUUUCUUAGACUUCCCUAGCAAAUGCCGAGUGUGAGGCUGCUAGCAAUACAUAAAUAAAGCCCUGUCUGUCCAGAAGGUUCUCUUUGUCCCAUUUUCUCUGUAUUUCCACAGUAGCCACACCUAACCAACAUGCCCAUUCCCUGGGUACAUCCUCUUCCUCUUCUCCCUUCGGGGGUCCCCCAAAUCAUUUGCAGUGGACAUAAGGAAAGACACACUCUGAUUUUUAUGGGAUAGUCCAGAUUAGAUGGUUCUUGAAAAGGAAAGUGGAAGUGUAUUACCAACUUUAUCUCCCAUUCUGAGCUCCUCUAGGCCAGAAGGUGAAAAGGCCAGAGUUUUCCACACACACUUAGAAUGCAGUCCUAUAUGUGCUUACUGGGGCGUAAGUCCCAUUGAAUAUUGUGGGUACUUCCUGUUGACUAAUCAUGCCUAGGAAUGAGCUGUUAUUCUGGCAGACAAUUUCCUGGACUAGAAUCCCCUUCAUCAGAUGCAUGAAGUCUGCGGUGGCUGUGAGUGUGUAUGAGAAAAUGAGACCAAAUGGAAAUUAUUACCAGACCAAUUUCAAGAGUGUUCUUGCACUCGGGUCCUGCUUGCGGGCUUCCCCCAGG